CCAUGAUGCCCCUGCUGAUUGUCAACGAAGUGGAUUUCUACCCUCGAGAGAACGCGAAGUUGCAUCAUACUGACAGGUAUGAGCUGGUGAACGCCGAGGACUCGAAGGUGGUCAUCGUGCGGCGCGGUCAGCUCUUCAAAGGCAAGAUCCAGUUCACCAGGCCCUACGAUGAGAACCUGGAUCUGGUGCAGCUGGUCUUUACUUUGGGCGUCUCAACCUCAAUGGAGACCACGGGCUCCAUGUAUCUAAAACGCGACGCCGUCGUCGAGAAGCACGCCUGGAGUGCGAAAAUCACCGACGUGCAGAAGGACACACUAUAUUUCGAGAUAUCAACUCCAGUGGACGUGCCCGUGGUCACGCGCAGCAAGAACUGGCUCGCGAGGGAGAUCCACUACUAUGAUCAGGAGUUGUACAUCUUCUUCAACCCAUGGAACCCUGAUGAUCAAACCUACAUGGAAGACAGUGCCUUGCUCCAGGAGUACGUCCUCAACGACGUGGGCAAGGUGUGGAUGGGCCCCGUCAGGACCGAGCGCGGCAAGCCGUGGGUCUUCGGUCAGUUCGAUACUGACGUGCUGCGAGCAGUUAUGUUUAUGCUUGACCGAUCUAAGAUGCCGUUAAAACAUCGCGGUUACCCAAUCCGCCUUUGCCGCACCAUCUCCAAAAUGGUUAACUCCAACGACAGCGACGGCGGCAUAUUAAUAGGCAACUGGUCUGGAAAAUAUGAGAACGGCACAGCUCCCUUUGAUUGGACGGGCUCCGUUGAUAUCAUGGAGGAAUAUCUCAGGACGAAGCGAAGUGUGGCAUAUGGGCAGUGCUGGGUGUUUGCUUGCCUUACUACCACUGUGUGUCGUGCCCUCGGUAUUCCGUCCCGUGUAGUCACCAACGUGGUGUCAGCCCACGACACGGACUACUCACUUUCUAUAGACAAGUACUACAACGAGGCCAUGGAUGACGCCUCAGGAUCUGACUCCAUUUGGAACUUCCAUGUCUGGAAUGAUGUAUGGAUGGCAAGGCCUGAUCUUCCUUCAGGCUACGGCGGCUGGCAGGCCAUCGAUGCGACUCCGCAGGAAACGUCAGAAGGGAAGUACCAGUGCGGACCGGCGUCGCUCGAAGCUAUCAAGAAGGGUGACCUUGGCAUGAAUUACGAUGUGGCCUUCGUGUUGGCCUCAGUCAACGCUGAUGUGUUCCGCUGGCGACAAGACCCGCAUUCAGAGCUGGGAUAUUCAGUAGUCACAAGCAAAACUGAAAAAGAGACCGUUGGGCAAAUGCUGCUCACGAAGAAGCCUUUGGUCUUCGAUCCUGUGGGAGACGAGGACUGCGAGGACGUUACUGAGCAGUACAAGUAUCGCGAGGGUACCACUGCAGAGCGCGUAGCACUUAUGAAUGGCGUACGCCACUCUGAGAGGGCUGAGAGAUAUUACGAGUUAGCGAGUAAAGUCAAGAGCGACGUGUCGUUUAAGCUGCGUGAUAUCGACGCCGUUGCUAUUGGGAACGACUUCCGCAUCGUUGUCGAUAUUGAUAACGAGUCUAACGAGCCAAGAAACAUCAAGGCCGUGCUGACUGCGACCAGCGUGUUCUACAACGGAGUGCGAGCGGAACAGGUCAAGACAGUGCAAGGAAGGAUAUUUGUCGGACCUAAGAAACACGACGAAAUCGUCAUCGACGUGACGGCAGAAGACUACCUGCCGAAGUUGGUGGAAUAUUGCAACAUGAAGAUAUCCGCCAUGGCCUUGGUUGAUGAGACGAAGCAGUGCUGGGCAGAUGACGACGAUUUCCGAGUGAUGAAACCCACCAUUAACAUCAAGUUCCACGACGAUCUAGUAAUGAACCAACCAAGGGAAGUGUUUCUCUCCUUCUUGAACCCCCUGGACCGAACUUUGACCGGCUGCGAGUUCCGCGUGACCUCGCCCGGCCUCGCCGGACGCACUGUGCGGGUCCCGGCUCAAGACACCGAGGCCAAAAAGCGGGUGGUUGCUGGCCUCCACGUUACACCUAAUACGCUUGGCAAGAUCCACGUGGUGGCGACAUUCACGUCCAACGAGCUGAAGGAAGUCACCGGCGCCGCCACCGUACAUGUACUAGAGGGCUAAAAUAUGUAGAGAGGGCC